AUGACGGAACCCACCAUCUACGUCGUUUCCGACGCAGGAUACGUAUUUGUUCCGCUAGUGAUCCUCGUGCUCAUCAAGAGCUAUUUUGCCAUGCAAUCCAGGAUUGGUACUGGCCAUCUUCCGCUCAACAGGCCCUUGAAAUUGCGGGUAUACACCCACAACAUCCGUUACGACAACCGAGGUAAUAGAGACUGGGGCGAGCAGCCAUGGAGCGUGCGCAGGGCCGAGGUGGUCAAUUCGAUCGACUUCAAUGCUGGUGCCACUGGCUACGCCAACGUGGUGUGUCUCCAGGAGGUGUUGCACCACCAAUUAGAGGAGAUUAUCCACGGAUUGAAUCGCAACGCCGAGCAAGGCGAAUCCUGGACUUACUAUGGCGUGGGACGCACUGAUGGCCGUACUGGAGGUGAGUAUGCUCCCAUCUUGUACAAGCCAUCGGAGUGGGUAUUGGUGGAGAAUCUGACGUUCUGGCUCAGUCCAACGCCAGAAGUACCUGGCAGUAAAGGCUGGGACGCUGCGCUCGAGCGGAUCGUCACGUUGGUGACCUUGCAGCUGACACUGAACCCGUUGGUCAAGUUGAACUUCUUCAACACCCACUUCGACCACCGUGGAGUGGUGGCCAGACAGAAGUCUGCUGAGCUCAUUGUGGACAAAAUGAAGAACCACAACGGGUACCCUUCGUUCUUGGGUGGAGACUUCAACACCGAGCCCAGCGACCUACCCUAUGGUGUCCUCCGUUCCUCGGGGUUCAAGGACAGUAGGACGUUGAUCGACCCAGCGUACUCGUACGGAGCCAACGCCACGUUCACAGGCUUCAACCACGAGCACGAGCAGAACACCAUCAUCGACUAUAUAUGGUCUCCCGAGUACACCUUGAGCAACUUGGCGAGGGAGGGAAAGGGAGACCAAGAAUCUGACCGUUUCGGAGUGAUUCUCAAGCACUUUGGUAUUCUCAACAACUUCAACAAGGGCUUCCACUGCUCGGAUCACCGUCCAGUGGUUGCAAACUACGAGGUGACCAGAAAGUGGUUCUAG